AUGAUCUUUGCACCCAUUAUCUUUUUUGCACUUUCCUUUGCUGCUCCUACAAAGAGAUCCAAUACGUGCCAAUUCCCAAAAAACGAUGGCUUAGUGGCUAUCACUCCAAACUCCAAGAAUGCCGGUUGGGCCAUGUCUCCCGACCAACAAUGUACCCCUGGUUCCUACUGCCCAUAUGCCUGUCCACCAGGCCAAUUGAUGGCUCAAUGGGACCUGGGCUCGACGAGCUACACUACUUCCCAGUCACAAAAUGGUGGUUUAUACUGUAACGAAGAUGGUACUGUUUCUAAACCAUUCUCCAACAAAGACUACUGUGUGGACGGUGCUGGAACCGUCAAAGUUGAUAACAAGGCUGGCGAUAGUAUUGCCUUUUGCCAAACUGUUUUGCCAGGCAACGAAGCCAUGUUGAUUCCAACCGAAGUGGACGGCGGCAGCUCGCAGACUUUGGCUGUACCUGAUGAGAGCUACUGGGCAUCUACUGCUGCUCACUACUAUGUUAAUCCAUUGGGUGUUUCUGCUGACGAUGGAUGUGUGUGGGGUAGCCAGGAUAAGCCACAAGGUAACUGGUCUCCAUACGUUGCUGGAACUAACAUGGAUGGCGAUGGUAACACCUACGCUAAGAUUGGCUGGAACCCAAAAUACGUGGAGUCUUUCACGGACAAGCCUAACUUUGGUCUCCGCAUCACAUGCGAUGGCGGCGACUGCAAUGGCUUGGACUGUGAAAUUGACCCAUCUAAGAACGGCGUCAACGAGAUGAACGGCGCUGAUAUCUCAGAGGCCGAUGGCGCUAAGUACUGUGUGGUUACCGCCAAGAACAAGUCUAGCGUUAAGAUUGAGGUUUUCUCUGUCUAG